CUGGAUUCUUGCCAGCUUGCUCUGCUGUUCUGAGAACUUUUAAAAACAAUCCAGCCUGUUAUGUGAUUAUUUCCUCUUCUUCCAGUUACAGGCAGGCAGUCCCCUCUCCUCUCUCACUUUUCUGUAGCAGAGUACUACAAUUCGUUCAUGCCCAGAAUUCUUCUUAUCGGAGAGCCAGAAUCAGCUUGAUUUUAUCACUGGGAGUGGAUUUUGUACCUAACAUCAACAUGCGUAUCCUCCUUACUGCUGCUUUCUUAUUACUGGGAUUAAUGGCUGGCAGUUUUACAGUUGCAGAUCCUGCCAGCAUCCUCCAUGGACCCACAGAAAGGGGAGACUUGUGUAGUGAGCACAGACUGCUUUACAGACGUAUUGAUAUAAUAGAAGAGCAAGUAGAGAAAACUGUGGAGUAUCUUUAUUCAGAGAUUGAUUCACUGCUGGACUCCAUAUCAGGGGCAUCAUGGGCACUUCCCUCUGCUCCUGGGGCUCCUCUCUUGGAUAUAUUUGAUGAUGAUUCCAGAUGAAGACUUUUCUUUUUUCUUCUCCCCUGUAUUUCUCUUUGUUCACACAUUUAAUUGACUUUGUCACUGAGCACUUUUGGAGAACAGAUAUAUUUUAAUAAAAAGUCUGGUUUCUGGUACUCUGUGGCACAAAGCACAGAUGCAUUUAUAACAUA